ACAGACUGAGUCAUAUCUGUCUGGACAUUAAGAAAAGAAGAGAUGUAAACAUUCGCCUGGCGAACAUAAACAUUGAACGUCAAACAGCUUAUGAUCUGGUCAUUUAUAGAUCUAGGUUCUAGUAUAAACGCAGAUUUCUGAAAAGAAUACUUCGGUUAUACAGCUUCAUGUUUUUUAAAUAAAUAUUCUGCCUGUUGAAUACAGAUGAAAUGGAUGUUCCUGACAAGACAGUAUCAUGCUCUUCUCUUGAGCACAGUGAUCUUGAUGUAGAAGACCUUGGUCUCUCUCCGACACCAACGCUGACAACUGCAUGUGCUGGGACUGGUAGACCUAGCAAAAGAAAUCCGAAUGCUGAUGUACUAGAAGAUUGUGACGUCAUACUAGAAAAGCCUGUUAUAACAUCGAACGACCCAACUUCAGGUGUUGAUGAAAGAAAAAACAGAAUGGAUGCUGGUGAAAAUAUUGGUGGCAAUGAUGAUAAUGAGUUCAAGACUUCUAAGUCAAAGUCAAAUUUAGUUGCAAAACAACAAGGGACAGAAAUUAUGGAAAAUGUUGUGCAAGAAAAUCAAGCUACAAGCAGAGACGGUACAAAGAUACAGAAUCCACCAACAGUUGUAUGCCCACGCGUUAACUGUCCUGAAAAGAUAGUUAUUUGUUUGGACUUGAGUGAAGAAAUGGGUUCCACGACUUUUAGUUCAAGAGCAGGAGAUAAAUUUUCUAGUCUUGAGCUGGCUCGGCGUUCUAUCAGAAUGUUUGUCAUGCAUAAAAGCCAGAUGAAUCCAAACCAUGAGUUCUCUCUUCUGGUGUUUCAUGAUGACUCAACUAUGAUUCAUAACUUAACAAAGAGAGCGAAAGAUGUUUUGAACACCCUGGAUGAAAUUGAUAUGGCUACAAAGCUUUCAGAGCCAUUAGACUUGUCGCACAUGUUUCAAACAGUUAAGGACAAUGUCGACCUUCCAGAAGUCAUCGGAGAUCCUCAAGUCAUACCACCUCCUUAUGUUGUGAGGGUCUUACUGGUCUAUGGCCGGUCUCAAAGUGUUCCAGUCGGUGCUGGUUCUGAUGUACAGAAAGAGUUAGAGUCCUCCCCCUACUUUUUUACCGAUGUUUUGUACAUUCAUCAACCACCGUCAGAGGGAAACAAGUGUGAGGAAAUAUUUUCAUCCUUGUGUGACCUGGACCACAAUGGUUUGUCCUACAUAUUUGAAGUGUCCAAAUACACUCCCAUCCUGAACAGUGGUGCCAAGCUCCUGGCCCACCCGCUACAGAGACCACAGCAGUUACAGGCGGCUUACAAAAUUGGAACGACGCCUUCAGCACCGCAACCCAUGAUGGAAGAGAAAUUGCACUGAACUGACCACACGUUAUUAUGAAGACUAGACUAAUUGCAAUAUUUUGAUAUAGGCUAUAUAUAUGUGUAAUGUUUUUUGAGACACCUGAAUAGACAUAAAGGUCUUGAAUGUCUAGCUCUUACUGGCAAAUUUGAAGACAAAUGAGAGAGGGGUAGGCUCAGAGCAACCUCCUUAGAGAACCUAAACAGAUGGGUUUGUAUAGUAUAGGGUUUUACGGCGCUCGCAACUGCUAAGGGUUUAGGGGAAAAAUGAGGGUAACAUAGCUUUUCUGAGAGCAUCCAGGCAAAGGAAUGAAUGGAGAACCAUGAUCGCGUAUGUCUGCCUAAGAUAUGGCACUUGAUGAUGAUGAUGUGUAAUAACGCCGCAAAAUUAGUUGCAUGUUGUUUUUUUUAGUUUACUAUAGUAUGUGUACGAAACUAAAGAUCUCUUCUAACUCUCCAAGUGGGUGAAAACAGUUGUACUGUAGCUGAUUUUUCUUCAAAGUUAUAAUCACUUGGAGUUUGGAAGUCGUUAACACAAGGUUUUGAGAAAAUAGUUUUACCUGAAAUCUCAAAGCAGCUGAGUGGGACAAGUGACGCAUUUCGUCGUGUUGCUACUCAUAUUUUGAUAUUUUGAUAUUUUGAUCCUUAUGAGGUAGAGUCUCCUACAAAAAGUGCAUGGUGAGUUAACUCUCUAAAGACUAACUGAUAUCUUCCCUCAUGGUUUAUGCAAUGUGGGAAAGGAGUUUGGUAAUUAAGAUUAAAUGUAGCGCCAAAAUCAUUCAUUCCUUACUGGGAUGUUUCACCCCAUAAUCUUAGAAAUUAUUUUUAAAUGCAGUUUAUCUUUUCUGGAGUAUUUCAUUUCUGCACAUUGUUCAUGUGCUGAGAGGUAGGCCUACCACGUGUCCCAUUUUGAAAAUGGCCUACGUUGCUAUUGUGUCUUCUUACUCGUUGUUGCAUUCUCCAGUCAACGAUUUACUCCCCAGAAUGCAGUAUUUUGUGUUGCUUUAAAAAAAUUCUCUUCUCACCUAAAAUAAUGGUUGGAGUAAAUGCUGUUCAUUUUUAUUCUCCUUAACAUCUCAAUAAAUUUGAAUAAAUAAACUGACCAUCUAGAGCAAGCACUAUUCUUUAAUUGGAAUAUAUGAAAUUGAAGGUGUUAUAAAGAAACAUUUUUUGUAUGCUACCAAAACACAGGGACUAAAAUUACUUCUGGUACAAAGUCAAAUAAAUGAAUACAGAUGCUUUAUUCCGACUUCUGCUCAGUCGAAAGGAGGUAAUAGUAAUUGGUUUAUGAAUUGCAAACUUUUGUCAGUGUAAACUAGACUCUUUUCAUUUCCAUUUUAUUGUGAAAGUGUUUGGCCAGAUAUGGCCAGCAUGGUUUGCAUGUCGCACAAGCCGUCUGUAAAAUAUGACCGAUGCAGUCUCAAAGAGUUGAACAUCACUGACAGCAUCAAGAUCACAACUCUAAGCAGUUUUCUGAAGUGUCAGGCAUUAUAGUUAUCAUGAGAAAAGACAAAUGUUCUUGUGUGCAGAUGUUCAAAUAAGUUUCCUAUAUUAGCAAUUGUGAGAAUGUACAUGUUUGUUGAGAUGAGAGGUCUUUCAGUGCUUGUGUGGGUUCCAGUUUAUUAGAGUUCUUUGGAUAUAUAUGCAGUCUAGCACACAUUUAGUGAAAUCCGCGGGACACUGACAUCUUUUCGUUAUGUACAGAUUUCGCUAGAUAUGUAUUUUACUUGCAAAGAAUAUACAUCAUGUAAGAAAAAAA